AAUAUGUUGGUAUUUGUUCUUCCACCACUAUUGAUGCAUUACACAUAUUGUCCCCUUCCUUGCGACCACAUUUACAUAUUAAUACGCAUUAAGAGAAGAGUUAAAUAAAAUAAGCCACACCACGGAUUAACACAAACCGCAGGAUUUGAGUAGCUUACUUAUUUAGUUGUCGUAUGGUAACGUUGUCAUUAUUGUUGCUCGCAUUCGCCACUAACUAUAAUUGAACUCCGUCCAGCUACAUUUUGACACGUCUCAAACAUAUUGCUCGUUUUUUCUUGUAAAAUUUCACUCUUCCAUUCUCUUCCUGACGAUUUUUUUUCUCUGCAGUUAGCCCCUGGGACUCCCGGACUAUAGUAACAUUGAUAACUGAUAACAAACAUUCUCUGAUUAUUAUUAGUAAUAAUAAUUAUUAUUAAUAAGCUAGAAAUCAAUUUAGUUGAGAAUACAUUAUAAAAAAUAAUAUAAAAUUGUUUAAACGUUUCAUGAAUAGUUUUCAAUUUUUCAUGCAAAGUAUACAUAAAAAUCAAACAUAUUUAUACACAUGCGAUCUGUGAAAUAACUACCUGCAAGCACAAGUCUCCAAGAAAAGACAACCCAUCAUGGGGAAUGCGGACACCAAGCUUUAUUUCAGAAAAGCAUUUGUGGAGUUGGCUACGAAAACCAGGCCAGUGGAUCCAAAUGAUGAUGAUUUUUGGGACAAAUUCUGGUCGGACUCGGUAGCAGGUCCCCACGACGUAUUUACACUUAUCCCUGGCAAUGAAAUUCGACAAUUACGAGAUGAGUCUCCGAAUAACUUGGCCACGCUGUGCUACAAAGCCGUAGAAAAAUUAGUCAAAGCCGUGGAUACAAGUUGUAGGACGCAGCAAGAUCAGCAAACAGCUCUCAACUGUAUUCGUCUCCUGACCCACAUAAUUCCGUACAUGUUUGAAGAUCCAGACUGGCGAUCCUUCUUUUGGUCAAGCCUACCCAGUGAUCAGCCCCGCGAUGAUGACGAUACAAUGCCACUUGCCAAGGCACUUAUCAGCGCUCUUUGCGACUUGCUGUUUUGUCCUGAUUUUACAGUAUCGGCAAACAAGAAGACUGGUCCGGAUCGAGCUGAAGAUUUGCAAUCAGUUGAUAGCUGCGAGUACAUAUGGGAAGCAGGUGUCGGGUUCGCCAAUCAUCCAAAUCAUGUCCCUCAACACGACAGCUCGAGAACAGAAAUUUUGAAAUUACUCCUGACUUGCUUCAGUGAGACGAUUUACAUCCAACCUGUGGGAGAUGCCCUCGUCCCGAACAGAUGGAUAGAGUUUUUCUCGUCUGGAGACAAUCGACAUGCUCUUCCCUUAUUCACCUCUUUGCUUAAUGUUGUGGCUUCAUAUGACCCCAUCGGAAUUGGAAUGCCUUAUAAUCAUCUCAUUUUUGCAGAUAGUCGAGAGCCCUUGGUGGAAGCAGCAUUGCAAGUCCUCAUCGUAGUUUUGGAUCAUGACAGUAACAAUUCGUGUGAGGAAGAUACUGCACCCAAUAUGGACAAUCUAUUCAUCAACUAUAUCUCAAGAAUUCACCGAGAGGAGGAUUUUUAUUUCAUUCUUAAAGGCUUCACACGCCUUCUAAACAAUCCUUUGACACAGACAUAUCUUCCAAACUCUACAAAAAAGAUUCAGUUUCACCAAGAGCUGCUCGUUGCGUUUUGGAAGUUCUGCGACUUCAACAAGAAAUUCCUGUACUUUGUUUUGAAGAGCAGUGAGACAUUGCAGAUUUUGGUGCCGAUUCUUUUUUUCUUGAACGAGGCGAGAGCUGACCAAUCCCGAGUUGGUCUGAUGCACAUUGGUGUAUUUAUUCUACUACUGUUGAGUGGGGAAAGGAAUUUUGGAGUUCGUCUCAAUAAACCCUACACGACCACCGUACCAAUUGAUAUACCCGUUUUCUCCGGAACUCAUGCCGACCUUCUCGUCAUUGUGUUCCACAAAAUUAUCACCACCGGUCAUCAACGCUUGCAACCAUUAUUUGAUUGCCUUUUGACCAUUUUGGUCAAUGUAUCACCUUACCUGAAAACGCUGUCAAUGGUUUCUGCCACCAAGCUGCUCCACUUUCUUGAAGCGUUUAGUACACCGUGGUUUUUGUUUUCAUCUCCCAACAACCAUCAUCUCGUUUUCUUCUUAUUGGAAAUAUUCAACAACAUUAUUCAGUACCAAUUCGAUGGAAAUUCCAACCUGAUUUACACAAUUAUUCGCAAACGUCACGUGUUUCAUGCACUUGCGAGUCUUGCCACAGACUCGAGCAGUAUAAAUAGAUCGUUAAUGAAGAAGUCGCCCUUGAUAAAGCGACCUUCGAAAGGCAAGUUUGACCUAAUUAAAGACAAAAGUAGUUCUCCGACCAUCAACCCAUCGGCAUCAUCUUCAUUGCCGGCGAUAAAAAAGGAGAGAAAGCCGUCAUUAGCAGAGAGCACGACUUCACAAUCCAGUCAGUUGGAAUCGCCCUCCAUGGAAGGCUCUCAACCUGCUUUACCCGCAGAACCUGGGACGCUCAAAGUUAGUUUGGCGACGAUCCCGGGCAUAGAAAAAAUGACUGAGCGAGAAUCUGCACAUCCAUCCCCACAACAAUUGAGUCAAUUGUAUAUUUCUUCCCGAGGAAAUGGUAACGGGAUGAGCACCCCGACGUCAACGCUGGAGGACAAUCUUAUCAUUACGGAUGAUGACGAUGGGCAUGAGGCGAUGACCUUUCAUAACAAUGAGACAUCCGGCACGACGGUGACAAACGUCAGCAAAGACGAGGAUAUAUCUAAUAGUGGAAUUAGCUUAUCUAACAAAAGUCAGCCUGACGAAACCGAAAGUUCCUCUUCGACAAUGUCUCGAUCUAAAAGUAUGCCACUUUCUCAAACGUCGUCUCCCAAUGCGAAACACAGGUCUUCCGUUGCAUCUUCGUCUCGGGGAAGCAACCAUAGUCAAAUGCAGCGAUCCUUCUCAGUUUUAUCGGCUGGGAGUGAAAGUAAGUGGAUUCCGAGUCAGGAUUGGGUGCAGGGUUGGAAAACUAAACUUCCUUUACAAACUGUAAUGCGAUUGUUGCAAGUGUUGGUUCCGCAAGUUGAGAAGAUCUGCAUCGACAAAGGUAUCACGGAUGAAAGUGAGAUUCUCAAGUUUCUGCAACACGGGACUCUUGUGGGAUUGCUACCUGUGCCGCAUCCAAUCCUCAUCAGAAAAUACCAAGCUAACAGUGGAACUACGAUGUGGUUCCGGACCUAUUUGUGGGGUGUAAUAUUUUUAAGGAAUAUCGAUCCUCCUAUUUGGUACGACACCGAAGUCAAGCUAUUUGAAAUUCAAAAAGUCUAACUACUGAUUUCUAAAUGAUAAAUAUCCUCAAAAUAUUCUUCACCCAUUCAUUCCAUACUUUUGACUGAAACAUAUUAUGAUACCUCUUUUGCCAUUACUAUAUAUGCAAUUAUUGUACAUUGUAUUUUAUAUCGAAAACGCAUGCAGUUGUCGAUAGUUGUGUAAGAGGAUGAUCAUGUCUGGCGUGGCACAGUUUAAUCCAUUCAAUAAAUUGUUAAGUGGUGGAAAAUUGA